CCCAGACAUCAUCACCUCCUCGAUCCCAUAUUCCCAUUCGCAUGCUAAUAUCUUCUUGAACAGCUCUUGCACUGCGAGUCCUUUUGCUUUUAGAGAUUCUUCCCACCGCUGUCGCAAUAGAAACUUUCCCGCGGAACCCCCGAUUUCUUUCACAAUACCCUCAUCAUGUCUUGGACAGGGUUCAAGAAGGGCGCCAACAGGACCGCAACGCGGGUUCUGAUGAAGACUGGCCAGGUAGAGCGCACGAAUGACCGCGAUUUCGAGACAGAACUCAGGCGCUACCGCACGAUGGAGACAGCGGCCAACAAGCUCCAGAAGGAAGCCAAGGGCUACCUAGACAGUCUGCGCGCGAUGACGGCGUCACAGAUGCGCAUCGCGGAGACCAUCGACGCCUUCUACGGCGACGCAGGCACCAAGGACGGCGUGUCGCGAUCAUACAAGCAGGCAGUCACCGAUCUCGACGCGGAGACGAUCAAAGCUCUCGACGGCCCCUACCGCACGACGGUGCUCGACCCGAUUCAGCGCUUCUGCUCCUACUUCCCCGACAUCAACGCGUGCAUCACGAAGCGCGAGCACAAGCAGAUGGACUACGACCGGAUGCGCGCGCAGGUCAAGAAGCUGACGGACAAGCCCGACAAGGACGUGACCAAGCUGCCGCGCGCCGAGAAGGACGAGCAGCUCGCCCGCGCCGCCUACGACCAGCUCAACGACACCCUCACCAGCGAACUGCCCCAGCUCAUCGACCUCCGCGUGCCGUACCUCGACCCGUCCUUCGAGGCCCUCGUCAAGAUCCAGCUCCGGUUCUGCGCCGAGGCCUACAGCCGCAUGGCGCAGGUGCAGCAGUACCUCGACGCCAACACGAGGGACCAGUACGCGCAGGGCGAGCUGGACGCCCGGGUGGAGGAGGUGCUGCAGGAGAUUCGGGACUUGAGCAUCGCAGGGACCGUCUAAAUUCAUUCAAAAGUACACAAGCGACGAGCGACGACCGUGAGAAUUGAGAAUUGAGAAUUGAGAAUGAAGUAGUUGCUUUGAUUUGCUUUGCUUUGCUAGCCCUUUUUGUUUCUUGCCCUCCCAUCCAUCCAUCAUACCUCCCCCUCCCCGUUCAAACCAUUCAAAUGCUUCUGUCACAUUAUCCGGGCUUUUUUUUUUCUUUCAAGGCAAAGGUGUAGGCAGUUAGGUUAGGUAGUUUAGAGGAAAGGAAUCACUCAAAACUCAAA